CAUGAAGAAACUGAAACCACUAUUGACGGCCAUCUAUGAUAAUAAAUUAGAAAUAGCCGAACAAUUACUAUCAGUCGCAACAAAAGAAACUUUAUUUGCAGUUAUCUCUGAUAAAGAUUAUUCUGGAAUGACAGCAUUACAUUUGGCUAUAGUUAAUUGCCAAUAUAAUUUAUUACAAUCUCUACUAAAUAAAUGUCGUACAUUCGGUAUUCUUGAUCAAUUAGAGUCGUUAGAAGUAGGAGGAGAAGUUUUGGAAGAAUGCUAUGGACUAUCAGGAAUGACGCCUCUACAACUAGCAUCCACAGUUGAUCCUUUAAAAUUAGCGGCCGUCGAAGGGUGCAUUGAUAUGUUAGAAGCCAUCUUAGAACUUGAUGGAGUUUAUAGAGUAUCUGAAACUCAUUUGGGGCACGCAAAAAUUUUGCUUUGUGAUGUUAGUAAUAUCGAACCUAUUUUAUGCCGUUUAGACAAAAUUCCUAGUGUCUUAGAACUUUUAGCUUUUACGACAGAAGAUGAAAAGACAAAUGUUGUUCUCUUGCAUAUGCUGAUAGCCGCAUUAACGGAUACAUAUUCAACUAUAUCGAGGCAAGGUUCGUCGUUUUGGAGAAGAUCUCAAGCUCGAGAGUUACUAAUGCUUGAAAAUUGUCUACCGUAUUGGGUGCAAGCGAAUAGUGUUCAAAAGAAUUAUUGCCGUGUAUUACUUCAAGAUAUCAAUUCGGAAAAGGAAUUUGUGCAGAGAAAUAUACACUGUCAAAAGCUCAUAGAUCCAAAACCUUGCGGAGAAGGAUGCGAUGAUUGCAAACAUGAUUCUGAAGCUUCAAAACUUUGGAAUGAAAAUGAUUUUCCUAAUAUUAACUCUUACGAAGAGAACCUAAUUAAUAACAAAGAAAAUCCAGAAUAUUUACAGAAUGAAAUAAAGAUUUUAAUAAGAAAGUCGCUUGAGGAUAGAGUAAAGGUAUUUGUUAAACUAGCAAGGAAGUACGAUCAUUUUAACGCUGUUAUUAACGAUAUGGUGGAUAAUCCAUUUAUACAAAGUCUAGAGAAGAAUAAAGCCAAUAUCGCCGAAUUAUUAUUAACAGUUUGUACAAAAGAUAUACUUAUUGGCAGAGCCAAGAGCUUUAAAUAUAAAGGCAUGAAUGCCAUACAUUUAACUAUUAUUCAUGGUUUAUCUGACACUUUACAAAAGAUAGUAAACAAGUGUAGAUCAUUUAACGUUUAUGAGGAAAUGUGCUCAAUGAAAGCAAGGGGAGAUAUUUUAGGAUUAUGUUACGGACACACAAUAAAUUUACCACUACAUUUAGCAGUUGUUUCUGGAAAUUUUUCAAUAAUUGAUUGCCUAAUUAGGAAUGGAUGCAAAUUAGAUCAGCAAGAUGAAUUUGGUAAUACGAUAUUCCAUUCUCUUGUAAUGGCAAGUAGAAAUCAGAGUGGAACAGCGAUUAGUACUUUAAAAUUUAUAUUAAAUUUAUGUCAUGAAUAUAAACAUAUAUCUAUUCAAUGCGAUAAGAUUACACCUGAAUUGGUACUUAGGCACCUAUUAACCAUACGUAAUCAAUUAGGUUUAGAGCCUUUGAAGCUUGCAGCUAAAGAAGGUUGUAUUGAUAUUCUGGUUAAUAUUCUAGAACUAGAAGGUGUUUAUAAGAUCUCUCAUUCAUCUGUUGGUCAAUUAUCAGUUUCUGAGUAUGAUUUAGCCGGUAUCGAACCGAUACUAUGCCGUAGACAAUCAUCCCCGAGUGUACUUGAACUAUUAGCUUAUUCGUCACCGUACGAACAGAGUAUUAAAAGCUUUCAUAUACCUUUAAUCAAAAAGAUGGUCGAGUUGAAAUGGCAAGCAUAUAGACGAUUCUAUCUAAUGUGGAUUAUUUUACACUUUUGUUACAUGUUCAGUGUCACAAUGUUGUCAAUGGGGGUACACGCAUCUCUACCUAUUUAUUGUUCAAAUAAUACAACAGUCGCUUCUAUGUUCCGACUUCGAAAGAUUGUUCUAUAUACAACUGUUAACACAAAUUGUUUAGUUUUACUAACAUAUGGAAUUACUGGUCUUAUUUGCACCCUUCAAGUUCAUCGAGGACGUGUGCCGGCAAUAAGAAAGACCUUCUCAGUAACAAAAACUGGCAAAUACUACGUCUUUUUAAUAGGUCAUCCCCUUGGUACUUUGUUUUGGUUUUGGAUAUCCCUGAUUUGCGUAAAACAAAAUUUUGCUCUAAUUCUUGAAGUUGUCAUUUUAGUAACCGGAUGGCUUUAUAUAAUCUCUUUUAGUAAGCUCUUUAAAAUGACUGGUUUCUUUACCGUUAUGUUUGCAAGGAUUGUGAGUCAAGACCUUCCUAGAUUUUUAAUUGUCACUGUUGUUGCUAUUAUUGGAUUUGGUUCUGCUUUAUAUGCUACAUACGCUAGGUACGAUGAAGAGGUAAAGCCGGAGAGCGUUCAAAAUAUCGGAAUAACAUACGUAAGUCUAUUUAGGCUUGCACUAACUCUCUCUGACAUGCAAUUUAUACACGAUUCCCCUCUUGAAUUGAAAUUUACCAGAUUGGCAAUAUAUAUCAUGUAUUUAAUUACUUGUAAUAUAGUACUUUUGCACAUGUUAAUUGCCGCUUUAACCGAUACCUAUUCGACAAUAUCUAAGCACGGCUCCUCAGUAUGGAGGAGAUCCCAGGCAAGAGAUAUUCUAAUGUUGGAAAUAUCUUUACCAUGUUGGCUUCAAAUACAUUAUAUUCGUAAAAAUUUUAAAUUACUUGUUCAAGAAGAGUUGCAUAAAGAUGAAUCGAUAAUUCAAAAGAAAACUUAUACAUGUCAACUAAUUGACACGGAAAAGAAGGAAAACUAA